AUGGCAACAGAUACAAAACUCAACAAAAAUAUUUCCAAUGAGGCUGAAAACCAAUCACCGGAACUACUGCAGCAGACCCAAAAACAAGCCAAUGAAAUCCUGGAAAUAAUUACAGACAAUAUCAAUAAGGUUAUUGACCGCCAAGAAAAACUCGAACAUUUGAACACUGCCGAUGCCAUAAAAACCCAAGCUGACACAUUUAAAACAAAUGGUGUUACAUUGAGACGGAAAAUGUGGUGGUCUCGCAUGAAGACCAACAUUAUUAUUGCCAUUGUAAUCGCAAUAGUUGUGGUUAUAUUAAUAG